ACAAAUUAAUGUUUAUAAUUAUUUAUUUUUUAGAGGAUUUAAUGAAAAUGGACGAGUUAGUAGACGACGAUAUAAUGACGACGGAUAUUGAAAAAUCAGCUUUAAAAGUUGGUUGUCUAUUUGUCUGUCUUUUACAGAGGAAAGAUGUGAUGUCAGGUGUACAUAUCAAUGUGGAAAAAAUAAAGAAAAUAAUGGACGCCAGAAUGCACCUAAACUUCAGGCUUAUUGCUAUGCGCAAUCAAAUUUUGGAUACAUGUGCUAAUCAUGUUAAAAGCAAGAUUGAUGAAUGCGAAGUGAUUUUGAAAUUCUAUCUGUGUAUAAUUGCAGAACUACAACGCGAAGAAAAUCGGAGAAUGACGUGGUACAAUGGUGUUUAAAAUAUUAUAUAAAAAUUAACAUUAUCUAGAAUUGAAUAAAGAAAUCUAAAACUUAAGCAAUCUAUUCUCCUGUAUAAAUCCAAAAUUUUUCUUAAUAAAAAUUUAGUAAUUGUCUUUUUA